AUGAGAUGCGCUGAUAAACCUGAAUGUGGGUUUGGAGCCAUGUGGGACGACGGAUUGCAUCCUGUAGUUGCGAUUGAAGGGUCUCUGAAGGACAAGCUUAGGGUUUCAUCAUGUAUCGGUGCACAUACGAGGGAUCCUCAUCGCGCAUUGUUGGUGACCAGUUCAGCCGUUUUGUACCCAAUGAAAUGGAUAUAUUACCCAAGCUACCCGACUGUGAACGUGGAGUGGAAGAAGUGCUUCGCAGACAAAUCUCUAGCACAAACCCGGUACAACUUCUGCCUUUUUGUCGAUGAUAUCUCACUUGAAUCCAUCAACCAUAUGGCUGAACGUGUUUAUCAAAUUGCUGACAGGCUCCAUGGAUCGGGGACGGAAGUGGACAUUGCAUUACGCGAGGCCGUCAUCCCGGCCUUACUAGAGUAUUUGUGA